AUGGAUACCACGCACAGUAGUUCUUUUGUAAACACGAAGUGCGUUGUUGACUAUAAACGACGCAGAGCAAUAAUUCCAUCACCAAAUCAACCAAAUAGACAUUCAAAGUAUACGUUCACAAUGUUUGAAGAUAAUAAUCUUACAACAGAACAAGAUAUUGCAUCGAAGACAGGUAUAAAUACAAAUAAAGAUUCGCAAGACGGAAAACAGCAACAGGAAAUUUCUUCUACAGUCAGCUAUAAUAAUAGUAAAAGUAACGAACGUGAAAAGGAUUCAACAUCAGAUGAAGAAGAACAGUCAGAGGGAAAUAAUGAUAUUUUAAAUGAAAAGACGCUAAAUGCACAAACAAAAGGUGAUGAAGAUUUUGAUACAUUUAUUCUUAAUAAUUUUAAACCGUUUGAUGGUAAUCAAAACGUGAUAACAUGGCUGAAUGAGACCGAACAAAAAUUUAAUCACUUCAAGCUAAAUAGAUUUUCACGUCUAUCAUCUGUACCUUUAUUGGUUAUUAAUGACGCCAAACGAUGGUAUAUUCGCUGUAGGCGUGAAAUACAUACGUUUGAUGAUUUUUACGAAUCGAUAUUCCAAGAAUAUAAUCAAUCCUCCCCUUCACUCACUACAUCAUCCACACUUAAUCCAUCUAAAAAUGUUUCUGGAAAAAGACUUACAUUCCAUCGAAGUAAGUCUGAAGAGCGUUUAAAUGUAGACAAAAUAGUUGCUGAAAAUAUGACAACAUAUUUACUGGCAGUUAUCAGACGGUAUUUUUGCAGACCUAAAAACGGCCAAUAAACUAAACAGGUUUUAGGUGGUUUUUAGACAGUUAACAGGUUGUCAACUGGCAGUUAAUGAGCAGUUUAUUGCCAUUUAUUACAAUGACCAACAUGGAUAGCUAACAAAUAUAUUGACAGGAAAAAUGAACUAAAGGAAAGUAAACUAUAUACACACGCGGUAAUUAGCAACUACUAUGUGUCGUCAAGUUUUCUGACUUUUCAGCAGAUGUGGUAACUUACGUUAAUGUCCAGUUUUUCCGCCAUAUUUUGGUAUAGUCGUUGAAAAUGAGUUAUCAGAACGUGUACAAUAUUUAUAUAUAUAUACACGCUGUUCGGACUAACACAAACAGCGGAUGAUAUGAUAUGAAUUUCUUUCUUCUUUUCUAUUGUUUCCUCAAUAUACAUUUCAGUCGUGGUCAAAUACAACAGUGAAGAGAAAAACGUCCAAUGUGUGUUUGUUUCUAAGUUAUAUAGUGAAUAACUUGUUGUAAACGUUGAAUUGUUGAUUCAUUGUUCGUAAAUGACUUAUCCAGCCAAACCAACGUAAAAUCUUCGAGAUUUUCAUUUUCAACUGAUGAAAAAAUUCGUGUUACAAGAUCUUAUAAGACCUUGUCACGUCUUAUGAGAUGACCUUGUCAGUUCUUAUGCAGUGAGCUCUUGUUACAAGAUUUCAGAAGAAAAUGACAGAUCUUGUAUGAUUUUGUAAGAUGAAUUUCACCUAGAUUACUAAAAUAAGGAAAGUGCGAGAAAACGUAUCAUUUUCUCACAAGAAUGACAAGGUCUUAUAAGAUCUUGUAACACGAAUUUUUUCAUCAGUUGAAAAU